UUGACUAUCCUAUUCAAGAUAUUUAAUUUUGUCAACUUGCGGUUGGCGGAGCUUUAUCAACGCGCAUGCGCAACGUACGUUUUGGCUGGAUUUUUGUUGGCAGGAGUGCUGCGGCUUCCUUUUCCUCGCUGCUUCACAGAGUCCAUCAGGAUGUCUACACACAGGAAGAAAACCAGGAAACUACGAGGCCACGUCAGUCACGGACACGGUCGCGUGGGCAAGCAUAGGAAGCACCCAGGUGGUCGCGGUAAUGCCGGUGGUAUGCACCAUCACCGAAUCAACUUCGACAAAUACCAUCCCGGUUACUUUGGAAAGCUCGGUAUGAGGAAUUAUCACCUGCGACGCAACACUAAAUGGUGUCCCACUAUCAAUCUAGAUAAAUUAUGGACUCUGGUCUCCGACCAGACAAGAUUGAAAUACAAAGAUGUUGAAGGCAAGGCGCCUGUAAUCGAUCUCGUGAAAGCGGGAUAUUACAAACUCCUGGGAAAAGGUCGACUACCGAAGCAACCUGUUAUUGUCAAGGCUAAGUUUUUCAGUAAACAGGCGGAGGACAAGAUCAAGGCAGUUGGUGGGGCGUGUGUUUUGUGCGCGUAAUCGAAAUACCAUUCUUCAUAAAUGUUCAUGUACUGUAAGUACUUAACUUUGCUCCAAGUACUGAGUAAAGUUUAGUAAAGUGUGAAAUGAAAGGUCAAGAUUAAUUCAUGAAGGAUGUAUUUCGAUGAAACGAUAAAUAAACAUUUUUUAAAGCACA